UCCCCGCGGUCUGGAGGACUCAGUUCGAGCGUUGCCCCAGCGCCCGGUUGGGGAUGUCCGCCAGACCAGAUCGGGCCGGUCCCGGGGCGGUUCUCCCCGGAAUGAGCUGAGGUUCCUCACAACAGAAACAGUACACAAUGGACCGUCAUCAAGGGUAUUCUGGAGAGAGGUUUAACCGGCAUGUCCUCAGUGAAGACAAAUCUGUGGUGAGCCAGAUGCAGAAAAAAUACUGGAAGACAAAGCAGGUGCUUAUUAAAGCAACAGGGAAGAAAGAAGAUGAGCAUGUGGUGGCAUCUGACGCGGAUUUGGAUGCAAAAUUGGAGAUUUUCCGAAUAGUGCAGACAUCAUGCAUGGACCUUCUGAAGGUGAUUGAAAAAUAUCAGCAAAGACUCAACACUCUAUCCCAGGAGGAGAAUGAGCUGGGCAUGUUUCUGAAGGCACAAAGUGAACAGGAUAAAACCCCAGCUGGCAGGAUGAUGAAUGCCACCAGUAAGGCCCUGUGUGGUUCGGCAAAGCAAAGGUUAGCACUGCGUGCCCCUCUAGUACGACUGGAGCAGGAAGUGGAAACAUUCCGGCGACGAGCAGUCACUGAUACUCUCCUCACAGUGAACCGGAUGGAACAGUCUCGAACAGAGUACAGGGGGGCACUACUCUGGAUGAAGGAUGUCUCUCAGGAAUUGGAUCCUGACACAUACAAGCAGAUGGAGAAGUUCAGGAAGGUCCAGGCACAAGUGCGGAACGCCAAAGUUCAGUUUGACAAGUUAAAGAAUGAUGUGUGUCAGAAAGUAGACUUACUUGGAGCGAGCCGUUGCAAUCUUCUUUCCCAGUCACUUGUUGCUUACCAGAAUACUCUGCUGCACUUCUGGGAGAGGACUGCUCGUGCAAUGGCACAGAUUCAUGAGAGUUUCAAGGGCCAUCAGCCGUACAAAUUUACUGCUUUGAAGAGCUUGCAAGACCCAUUUAGUCAUCUAAUGGAGGCGGAGCUCAACCAGAAUCAAGAGAAAGAGAAGGAAUGUGGAACUAAUGAUAUAGACAAGUUGGUGGUCCUGGAUGAAGAUGAAGAACCUGAACCUGUUGCAGGGGGCGAGAGUGAAGUACCAGUGAACACUUCCGACCAGGAUGGUACGCAAUUAGCUGCAGAACUGGAACAGUCUAGCAACACGCAGCUCGAUGAGAUGGUGCCAAAGGACUUCCUGCCCGACCUGUUAGAAAGUGACAGUCUGGAGAAACACGAAUUGACCUUUUUGAAUGACCUUUUAAGCCCUCAAUCCAGUACGCCCAGUAACUUCAGCCACAAAUGGCAGAGUACGUUUGGAAGCUCUGAGCUCGGUUCGGAGCCUGAGAGUGGGAUGGUCAAACCCAAACCAACAGACACACCAACCGGUUUCCUGCCAUCUGAGCUUUUCGAUCUCAGCCAUGACCCAACAGGAUCUUUCAUUGGUUGGACAGAUGCACCCAAACAACAGCCAGCACCACUUCUAACCCCACAACAUCUGGAGACGAAGGUUCCAGAAACUAACCCCCAGACUCUACCAAGUGUUCCAUCUAAAGCAUCUAAGGGCAACACACAAGACAAGUCAGCUUGGUUUAAUCUGUUUGCAGACCUGGAUCCCCUCUCGAAUCCUGAUGCAAUUGGUCGUACGGCUGAGGACCACCUUAAUGCUUGAUGCUGGGCGGGUGGAGAAGGCAGACACUAAAUUAUAUAAUACACAAAUGUCUUACUACUGCAAUUUUAUCAAAUAUAUAUAUUGUUUAAUGUAUAUAUUUACUAUAACACUGGAUUAUGAUCUCUUUAGCUAUAGCAUUUUAAAGAGUUGCAUUGGGGAUUGGUUCAAUGGAAUGAUACUGAACCACUAAGCUACUGGGUUGUGGUGUUGAUGAUUCUGAGUUCCUGUUUAAUUUUUCAUAUUCAGGCUGCGCUGCUGUAAUCUGGUUGCUGGGUAUUUACCUGUUUACAGAUAGCAUCAAGCAGAUGUUAACUAGUACCUCACAGGCUGUGGGAUAGGGCCAUACAGUGGAUGUAGAAGCAGUGCUGCCUGACGGUAGUUUUCCCAGUCUGCUUGCUGUCUUAGGGCCUAGACAAUGUCUGGGUCAGCUCAAGAUUGUGAUCUGGCAAUGGCCUAUUUUACAGCAGCAUCAUAUUAGUCACAAAGUUUCUUUUUUAAACAAGUUUGGGAUAAAUGGGCUUUUUUAAAAAACAAAUUCAAUGUAGAAGUGUUCUUUGAUUAUACAAUUAAUGAUUCAUAUCUAUUUGAGUUUAAUUAUUUACCUUUUAAUGUUGGACUGGUUUUAAAAAUGUGAUUGAGAGGUGUUUGAGUGAAGUCUAUAAGCUGACUGGUUUGGACCAAGUUGUUUGUUACUAGAGGCAGGCAGCUGUCUGUCUCUUUAUGAUUUAUUUACUCCUGCUGGGAGAACUCCAGCACGAGAAACAUUACACUAACUUCAGAAAGGUGGGGUAGGUACCUGCCAUUUGAGCUAAUGUUUUCCCUUAUAGCACUUGGAUCAAAUUUAUCACUAACAUGAUUAGCAGUGGAAGUCAUCCCUCCUUUCAAUGGAGUGCAGCAGUAAGUGCCUUCUCCUGAAGGGGCCUGUGGCUUGGUGGAAUAGGCCAAGUCAUGCUGCAGAGUGACUGCAACCCUUCCUCACCAUCUGCAUUUUCACAGUGCAGUGUAUUAGUGGGAGUAUUAGGAGAAAGACUAUGAAGCCUUCCUAGCAAUUACAUCUUUUAAUUGUGGCCUUAGAAAGCUCAAAUGAUUCCUCCUUGGUGCCAAUUUGGAAAAAUAAAUAAUCUGAAAUGAAGUAAGCAUGCUUCAAUAAGACAAUAGUCAUAGUGCCAUUGGGUGAGUGAGGUGUCAGCCAGGAUUCCUGACUCGGGCUGGUUAUCUGGAAAAGCUUGCUAGACGCUUGAUUUAAUUGCUGCUUUUAAUAGUCAAGUGGCCUUGCCCUUGAGAAAAGGGAGACAUGGAGCAGUGUCAUGUGCCUGAGGAACGGAGUUUGGCAGUUGUCAGCACUGACCCAGUAGUUGGGUUGUUGUUUUCACUCACUGUUUAGGAACUCACUUCAUUGAUGCCUUACCUCAAACAUUGGAAAAAAACCAAAACAAAGCAUUUGCAAGCUCUUGGAGAUGUUAGGUUUUUGGUACUGUCCACUGUAAUUCACUAUAUUAUUUUAGAAAGAUGAAUAGAAAAGGGCAUAGUCUGGUACAAGCUGUAUUUUGAACAGAAUACAUCACUAUAUCAACACUGGCUACUGUCCAAAAAGCAAUAAUUCUAGGUCUUGUAGAGAAAAUAAAAUAACAGCAGAGUUUUUAAAUUCUAAGUUACAACCACUGAAUUGGGAAAGAUGUUUCCUUUAAUGAAGAGCAGGCUUGAGCACAGCAUGCCUUUACAGUAAAAACAUUAGAAUUAAACGCAGCCUCACUUUACAGUGCAAUAGUAACACUAAGUUUAAAAUCUGGACCAUUUGUGAUCUAAAAUUGAGUUAAUGAAUCCCUAAGGUCCAGUCUGCUGUGUCCCCUGUUUUAUCACAGAAGUGCACAUGUAAAUACGUCAGUUUGUUUGAUCACCAAUCUCUGGCAACUGUGAUGUGAUCCAGAAUAAGUGUGUAUAGUCUGUCAGUUACAGAACUGCACAAGAUAUACUGGAUAAAAUGCAAUUCAUAUAGAUUGCACACAAGUCUCAAUACUCAAAACAGCAUGCGUGAGGGUACUGCUUCAUGGUCAUGAGAUGUGCUGUAGGCUGAUAUAUAAGGAACGACUAUGGAGAUGAGUUACAAGAAGGAGCCUGACCUCUAUUAAACUUUAUCUUGCCAGAAUGGGGAAAAAAUGUCCAAGUACAAAGAAUAGUACCCUUAGUUCACAAAAUAAAUGUCACAUCAUAAACUGGAGCAUUAAUAAUUUAUUGAGCACUAUCAGCCAUUAAGUCUGUGUCUCAUUCACCACCAUUCUUUUCUGCAUUUUUUUUUUGUUUUAGUUUUAAGACGACCUUUAGUGCAGAAACACCUGCUAUUUUCAAUUGUUUUUGGCAGUUGACAGCCUUGUCAAACAAUUAUUCUGAAGAGCAGUCUGUUUCCAUCAUUUCCUACUUUUCCGCGUGUGGGGUUGCCUGGUUUGUUUCUCACUGUUUGAUUUUGCUUGUAGCCUGGAUGCUGCUCAUUAACCUACAGUGAUGUAGAUGGCAAUGCAGCUACAAUGUACCCCCCCUCCCCAUUCCUAUCCCAUCUGCUAGCAUUCCAGGCUGGACCAAGCCGAGUGAAACGGCAUUACCCACUGACCCAUAAUCAAUCGAGCAGCUGGCAGGUGAAAACACAGCGAGGAAAGUACCAAAUGGAUAGAGUACUUUUAAACCAUUAGUGUUUAAUGUUUAAAUAGUGUAAAAUUACACAAUAAUUCAGUUGAUCUGCACAUCAUCGCACACAGACCAUUUGUAAUAAUUAACAUCCAUAACAGAGUUUCAGCAGUUUCUCCAGUAUUGUACCCAGUCAAAUCCAUAUCAAUCAUGCUAAUUGCACGUGUGGGAAGUGCAAUUUCAUGGAUGAAGUCAACCUGUUUCAGUGAGGGUCAUGCUGCAAGCACAGGUCUGUAAUUUGACAAAAAAGGAAUAUCCAUGAAGAUGUUUUAACACUAAUUCUAAAAAGUCAACAAAGAAACAUAGGAUUUGAGUUUCUCCACUGGUCGAGUGCUUGUAUUUUCUAUUGAAUGCUUAUCUGGAAACUUGACUUCUAUUAAAAAUAGUAAUUUCUCAAUA